AUGCCAGCGAACGCACUACGGUGGUCAGAUGAUCCUGCAUUCUUGCCACCGGGAACUGAAGUUAGUGCAAAGUUCAAAGGAGCAUUCUGCGAAGCUAAGAUCAAAAAAUUGUGCAAAUCUGUAAAGUGUAAGGUCCUGCUCAAGGAGGCCCCAUUUGGGUCAUUGGUUGUCGAGGAACACCUUGUCAGAGGAACCCUAGAAGUAAAUCAAAACGUAGAUGUUACUCAUGGGAAAAAUCUACUAAAGGGUGUUAUUCAACAUGUAAAAGAUUGUAGCACGUAUCACGUUGUGUUUAAUGAUGGUGACGAGAAAGUAUUACGACGUACUCAGAUGUGCCUCAAAGGAGCGAGACAUUUUGAUAGUGAAUCAAAUUUGGACCAAAUGCCGUUAUACAAUCCUGAACAGUUUUGUGCUGCUCCCAAGCCACCAACAAAAAAGAAGAAAACAAAGAAAACUAAACGAAAAAAAGAAGAUGACAGUGAGGAUGAUGGUGGAAAGAAGAGGAACAAAAGAGCAGCUGCAUCUGCUGCUUCAGUAGCGAUUGGAGAAAUGGAUCAAGGUGAUACAGAAGGUAGCGGCGAUGCUGACAUGUCUGGAAGUGAAGACGAUUCAAGUGAAGCAGAAAUUGAGCUUCGUGAUGGAGUUGUUGUUUGCGUUUAUGAAGACUCACAGCAUCGAGGCAAAUGGUUUCCAGCAGUUGUCGUCAAUCCCAAAGCAUAUAAGUUGGUUCUCUAG